UUGUUUGAGGGGAUGUACCAGUGAGUCUUCGGACUCCAGGAGCAAGGGGGCUAUAAUGAACUUUUGUAUAAAUACCCAGCAGGGCACCCUUCACACCACAGUUCCACUACUCAAGACAUACGCUGCAUGAACGCGACGUCAUUCCCGCCUGAAAGUGCACGCGCGGGCGCAAUGUCGCACGCGGCCUGAUGCGGCGGGAUAGUGUGCCUUUCCAGCUUGUCCUCUGCCUUGCUCUGUGCGAGGGGAAGAACAAACGCUCUUCAAUCAAACAUUUUUAUCCGACCCCGCGCGCACUUGGCCUGUCACGUGUCGGGCAAUUUGUUUUCAUGCGCACAAUUUCCAGCCAGAGUUGUUGAAAUGUUAUGCUUGCAGAACCAACAGAUUUGAGUGAAAAAAAAGAGACCGGCAUUGUACACACAGUUGGGGCAGCUGGAUAAACAGCCAACGAAAAACUGCGAAGAAUGUAUGAAAACAUCGAUUCAUAGUGACUGGGCAUUCACCAUUUGCCGACAGCAAAGGAAAAGCACGUUGAUGAUAUCGCUCCAGAACUAUUUGCUGAAAGCAAGUCUUGCUGCCGUCUUUAUUUCUCACGAAGCCUGGUAAGGUCGAUCCCCCAACUACUCACAGCUUCAAGGAGAAGACAUUUAAGAAGAAGAAGCACUGUGUAGUAUGCAAACAGCCAAUCACAUCACAGGGCAUCUUAUGUCGCGUCUGCAAGUUAGCAAGUCACAAGAAAUGUGAAUCCAAGGUAAUGACCAUCUGUGUGCCUCCAGCCCCGCGCAGCCUUGAACUUCCAAGGAAGAGUACUGGAACAGUGAAGAAUAUAGAGCAUUUGGGGUCAACAAGAUCUUUGAAAAGUCCCAAUCAAAGGAGCACUCUGCCAAGGAGUUUCAGUGUGGACCACGUCAUGGAGAAGAACUAUGAUUUUGACCUGACGUACAUCACAGAGCGAAUUAUUUCAGUUUUCUUCCCAUCGGUGCUUGAGGAACAGCGAUAUCGCAGCAAUCUGAAGGAAGUUGCUCACAUGUUGAAGUCCAAGCAUGGAGAUAAUUAUUUGCUUUUCAAUCUGUCCGAAAAGAGGCAAGACAUCAGCAGACUCAAUCCCAAGGUUCAGGACUUUGGCUGGCCUGACCUUCAUGCUCCUCCACUGGACAAGAUUUGUGCCAUCUGCAAAGCCAUGGAGAUGUGGCUGAACUCUGACCCCCAUCAUGUUGUUGUCCUGCACUGCAAGGGUAACAAAGGUCGAACAGGAGUUAUAAUUGCAGCAUACAUGCACUACAGCAAGAUAUCUGCAGGGGCUGACCAGGCACUCAGUACACUAGCCAUGAGGAAGUUCUGUGAGGACAAAGUUGCUCCAGCAAUACAACCUUCACAAACCAGAUACAUCUAUUACUUCAGCGGCCUGUUGUCUGGAGCGAUAAAAAUGAACAGCAUGCCCCUGUUCCUGCACCAUGUCAUCAUCCCUGCUAUACCCAGCUUUGAGCCCCAUGGAGGAUGCCACCCAUUCCUGAAGAUUUAUCAGUCAAUGCAACUUGUCUACACUUCAGGCAUCUACAGUGUCCAAGCACCUGGUUGUAAAAAGUUGUGCAUCUCUAUCGAGCCUGCCUUACUGCUGAAGGGAGACAUUAUGGUGAAGUGUUACCAUAAGCAAUACAAAAACCCGGAACGGGACGUUGUUUUUCGAGUACAGUUCCAUACUUGCGCUAUCCAUGGCUCACAGCUCUGGUUUGGAAAGGAUGAACUGGAUGAUGCUUAUGGAGAUGACAGGUUUCCACGAGAUGCUAUGGUGGAGUUCAUUUUCUCUUCUGGUCCAGAGAAAAUCAAAGAGGGAGAAUAUUUAAGGAAUGAUUCAACAGUGACUGUGGAUUACAACACCUCUGAUCCAACAGUUAGAUGGGAUUCCUAUGAGAACUUCAACCUUCACCAUGAGGAUGGACUGGAAGAAGUACCUCACACACGAGGACCACUAGAUGGAAGCUUAUACGCCAAAGUCAAGAAGAGGAGUCCAAGCAUUGGCACAGCCAAUGGUAGUCCGUUAAGUGUCACAUCUGUUCAUUGUGGCCACACCUUGUCUGUCAGCACAGAUUCUGGCCAUUCCACUGCUUCAGUUAAGACAGAGGACCACAGUGUUAGCACAAAGCAAGUUCCAUCACAAGUAGAGAAGGAGCAGCUAGAUCGAUUGCUCAGUGGGUUUGGUGUGGGCGCAAUGAAGAAUGGGCAAAAUAUGAUGUCCCAACCAGGGAUUGCUUCACAGAGCUGCUCCCAUGGCCGAUCUAGCUCCAAUGAAAGGGAAACAGACAUACUGGAUGAUGAAGAUGCAUGUGAGAUGAAUAGGUUUGCCACUUUGCCGAGAAACAUGCAUCACAAUGCCCAUCCUUACAAUGUUAAGGUUAGCCAUCACUCACCAGAGCACAGAAUACCUGGUUAUGGCCAUAGUCCUGUAGGACUACGAACUGAUGUCUACUACAGGCCUGAUGGGACACUAGAAAGAAGACGACCCAUGUUUGAGAGAAACAUAGGCCCAGUGAGUGACGUUGGGGUGGAGGGCAGACUGCACAAUCCUUAUGAGCAUGUGAAAGGGAUAGACCCCAUUCAGCACCAGGCAGCAAUGUUGGAGAGGGUGAGUUACCAACGGCCACGCAAUGAUGUACUCCAGGUCUACUCACCUAUGUUUCAUCAGUAUACCUGCUCAGAGAGAAUGCCUCCUGGUCUAGUCCAUCGAAUGAGACAUGGGGAUGAUGCCCAAAGAGACCAUGACAUUAAGGCAAAUAGGAACCGGAUAAUUGAUUACCACCAUUUAGAGGGAAUUCUGGAUGGACAAACUGUACAGUUUCUUGAGCGUGAUUCUCCAGAAAUUAUGUCUCACAAUUGUGGCUGUCGUAACUGUUCUUUAAAAAUGUCAGAGGAAGAGGUGGAGAGAUCUGCAGCAGCGUUUAAUGCUAUUAAGUUAGACCACGACUCAUUGUACCAGCACCCUUGUCCUCCUGACCUAGAUAUGUGGCAACAUGAUCAUCCAAAGCCACAUCUGCUAAACCACCCUAUCAGAAAUGGACAGGCACCUCAACCAGUUCCCCUGCUGAUGCCUGCACACUCAUACAGUCAGUACCCAAGAGGACAUGGAUACACCUCAUUCGGUUAUAACCAUGCCCAUGCAAAUAUGCCAGUGGCAACCCCAAUGGCUCAUGCCUACUCCACACCGAUUUCACCAGUUCCUCAUGGGCAGCUUCAGAGAAACAUGGAAGGUUCUUCUGAAUCACAUGCUCCUUACGGCAGGUACCCAGAGCUGAAGUACAGCCCAGAUUACCAGCAACAUUACCAGCAACAUUAUCCAUAUGACCAUUACCAAGAGCAGCACUGUGCCAACAGAAGCUGUGAAGUCUACCCGGACAGUCCACUCAUGUCAUCCUCUGUGCUGGGACCAUGUGCUCAGAGUCCACAAGGGCCUGCUUCUGUGUCAGCAGUGAACUCGUGUGCGUCCCAGGUUUUCUCCAGGAACUUAAGUGCUUGUGAUCGAGCUGUAAGACCAACCGAUGAAGGUCCUCAAUACCCAGAAGCCGCACCCUCUCAGCAACUGCCUGAAGUCCAACUCCAUGCUGAUUCAGCAGCCUGGGGAAAAGAAAUGAUGGUAUAUGGUGCUCCUGGAGAACUUAAUAACACCAAAAUUCCAAGGCAACACCACAGUGAAGGAAUGGUAACCUGUAGCUCUCCAUCUAAUAUCACUGAAGUGUCAACUGCUGGAUCCACAGGCAGCCCUGGACAUAAUCCUGAAAGCAGUACGGCGACAACAGAUGGCAGCCCUACAACACCAAUGCAGACCCCUCUGGUUACUGGACAAAAGCAGGCAUCCCUACCCAGACCAGAGGCAAGUCUGCCCCCCACCACUGUCUCUCCUGAGCCAGGAAACAGCUGUCAAAGAAGCAAGAGCCCUAGCAGUCCAGCUAACCAGCAGUCCAGUGCCUAUCAGGUAAAUGGCAUUGAGACCCACACAGUGUCUAGUGACCUGGGGAGUACUCAUCAGUCAUUGACCAAUGACACACAGCGAAGUCCAAACCAAAAUAAAGAUGGUUUCACUCGGUCACCACCACCCUGCAGCCCAGUCAUGAAGGGGUGUUUACCAGAGACUACCUCUGACCACUGCAACUCGAUUACAUCGCCAACUUCAGCCAUUGUCAGGCAUCCAUCGAACGACACCACGAGCAACCCUUGCUUUAUCAACACACAACACCAGCUGUUGAGUCUGGACCCUGCAGCAUCACAAUCAUGCCAAGGAAGUCCAGAUUCCUUGGCACCUCCAACCCCUGCCUUCCCAGUUGUGACUCCCUACAGUGCUCCUACCUCUCCUUCUGAAGUAUUCACCUACCAAUCAAGCGGCUCGAUGUACCCACAGCAACCACCUUUACCAGAGAAACGGCGGAUGUCUGCCAGCCAUGGACCAGCAAAUGAAAGGUCCUUCUCAAUCACACACAGAGGCGCACAAACUCCUAAUGAAGGUACUACACACCAUGUGACCUUCUCCCCAACCACUUUGGACUUCCCAAUGCAUUCAUUAACAGAUGGAUAUCAGGAAAGCCAUAUCAAUGCCAAGUUUGUCCAAGACACAUCUAAGUUUUGGUAUAAGCCGAACAUCUCCAGGGACCAAGCCAUUGCCCUUCUGAAAGACCGGGAGCCUGGCUCAUUCCUGAUUCGGGACAGCAAUUCAUUUCAGGGGGCCUAUGGCCUUGCCCUCAAAGUGCUGAUGCCUCCAGCUAACUUCAGUUCCCACAGCAUUAAAGGUGACCCAAAUGAACUGCUUGUCAGGCAUUUUCUUGUUGAAACAGGCCCGAAGGGAGUGAAGAUCAAGGGCUGUCAGAAUGAACCGCACUUUGGAAGCCUGUCAGCUCUGGUGUAUCAGCACUCUAUCACACCCAUCUCCCUGCCUUACAAGUUGAAGAUUCCGGAUAAAGAUCCCAUGGAUGAAAUCCAGGAGAGCGUUGUCCCUGGCCACACCAGUACCGCUGCUGAACUGCUUAAACAGGGAGCAGCUUGCAACGUGUUGUAUAUCAACUCAGUGGAGACAGAGUCGCUCACUGGCCCACAGGCUGUUGCCAAAGCAACCAUGCAGACAUUUGCUAUGAAGCCUCGGCCUACUGCCACCAUGGUCCACUUCAAAGUCUCAGUGCAGGGCAUCACCCUAACCGACAGCCAACGGAAGAUUUUUUUCAGACGACAUUACCCAGUUAACACUGUAACGUUCUGCAACCUGGGUCCCCAGGACAAAAGGUGGACUAACCCAGAUGGCACAACAUCAAAAAUGUUUGGUUUUGUGGCGAAGAAACAGGGAAGCACAUCGGACAAUGUCUGUCAUCUUUUUGCUGAACUUGACCCAGAGCAGCCAGCAUCCGCCAUAGUGAACUUCAUCACCAAAGUCAUGCUCGGGCCACAGAAAAGAUGAGAUGGAGAUUUGCUGCAUUCAAAGACAAACCAAAGGGGUCAACUGGCCAGACAAGGAUAGCUAGCUCCUACUACAUCACCCAAAGGAGCAAGCUUUAGAAACAUCAGUGUUCCUCUUAAAAACAAUCCUUUUCUCUGUAUAAGAUCAACUUGCUCUAGCCUCUAUAUAGAUAUUCAUAUUACACGAGGUUCCUUUUAAUCUCAACUCAUGUUUGAUGGCUGCACUUUGUAAGGUGUUAAUGUUAGGUUGGGUCCCACUCCCUCACAGCCUAGUCCUCCUCAGAGAGUGAAUUCAAUCAUGAUGAGAUAAACUGAUUGCACUGCGCAAUGCCUGCAUUGUGUUUCACUGAGGAUCCUCAUUGUAACUGCCCAUGUAAAUGGGAGCCCAGCGGACUCAAUCAUUGAAUAACACCAUGUGUUACUAAUACAACAGGCAUGUGCAAAAUGUUUAGGUGGGGGACUAGACAAGGAGGAAAGGGGCUGUGGGAUGAUUAAAGAGUAGUGGAUUAAUUGGGACCAAUGUUAGAUCCAGAUUUAUGAAGCUAAGAACUCACUCAAGUUUAAGUGUGAAGUUUCCAAAGUAUCUGGUGCUGCAAUGUGGACGUCACUGGCAGCUUGGAGUGUUCACAUGAAUAUUGCUGUUCCCUAAAGGCACUGCCAUCCUUUGUAGUAGAAUGUCAUACUGCACUGGUCUUUGAUUAUAAGUUCAGAGCAGGUCUAACUUGUAGUAUCAGUCAGUGAAAAUGUAAUGUUGGUCUGACAUUUAUCGAGGCUUUCAAUGAAAGCUUUUGGGAGAACAAAGUUGGUGAUACUUGAAGACGAAGUGUAAUGGAUUUGGGAUUCCUUACCAACAACAAUAGCACAGCUUAACUCACCAAAAUAUUAUUUUAUUGAAUGAAAGACUAGUCCUUCCUAUCUUUUCCAGAUCAGGUCAGGCUGGUCAUAAACCAGUUCUUGUAUUAGAGUGGUUUGGACAUGGGCUAAGGUGUAUUUCCAGACUCUCAAAACCAGCUGACAAACCUAGUCUGCUCAGAACACAGCCUAACUAAAGAGCGGAGGAAGCAGAAAGUGUAGCAAACUCUCUCCCAGUAAAGUCAAAGUAACCAGGGUUUCCCUGAAGAUGGUUUUAUUGUCUACAAACUAAACUUGCCUUCCCAAAACAAAAUUCCAUUUGGAGACUUAAUUUACAAGGGCUUCUCUCCCAGUUCUUGGGCCAUUACACAUCAGUAGGUGUACUUGGCACCAACUAGUACCAAGGAAGGGUGCUAUGCUGAAGCAUUCCCAGGUGUGAUCCCUCACUGCCCCCCCCCUGCACAUCUGCCAAGUGCUAACUUUUGCAACACUUCCCAUUGGGUAGGUGGAGUGGGUUACACUUUUAAGGUUAUUCUUAGCACCAAAUCAUUGAAACAUUAAAACCCGUCCCAUGUUCUGUGGCUCUGUCCUUUCCACUGCCCGAAUACCUGUAUUUACACUGAGCAGUAAUAAGCCUGGCAUUUUAAAAAAAACUUUUUCAUUACCUAUGGUAACAACAUUUCAGAUCGAAGUCCUUUCACUGGAGCACUAGCAAAUGGUUAUUGACCUGAAACAUUAAUUCAGUUGCUCUCUACACAGACACUGCCUGACCUGCUGAGUGUUCCAGCACUUUCUGUUUACUGUGAUUGCUUUUGGAUGACUCAAAAACAUUAGCCAUUGGCCUCCCAGGAUCUCAUGGCAUUUGUCCUGAACUCCUUUGCUCUGCCUUUGCCCUACUGGAUCUUCAAGGACGUCUUUGAACCCCUGCCAGUAGCCUGUUUGGUUUUGAUAUCAACCCACCCAAAUGGUCAGCUCAGUCAGUGCAGUAGUGUGGUAAGCCUCACCUAAAUUCCCACUGGAGUGACAGCCUUCCAUCUCUCCCAACAACUAUCUUUGGGUGAUGGAUGAUUUUGUGCUGUGUCUUCCUGAGUCAACUUCACCUUGAGACCCUUAGAACAAAGCUCUUGCUCCACACUAUCCUCUUAACCACCGCCCCCCUUCCCCAUCAUCUGACUGUAGAAGUGGAGCAAAAUGGAACUUAGCAUUCACAUACCCUACAGUUCUUCUGCAUAUCACCUCUUACUUCAGGAGUGCUCUGUGAAUCAGCCUUGACUAAUGUUACAUUCUGUUGUUUGGAUCAAAUGAGCUGGCCUACAGAAGCACUCAGAUGCCUUUGAAAUGCUUGUGUAAAAUGUCUGGUUCUUUAUUAUAAUGUAAACAAGAACCAUGGAGCUAGUAGUGAACAACAACAGCUCAGCACCAGAUUCCUGGUAUGUAAUAUAUAGUAUGCGUAUGUAAUAUAUUGUGUAUAUUAAUGUGUUGGUGACAAAGAUUGGCUAUUAUGUGAUCUCAGAGUAGUCACAACACCUGACAAAUGGUGAACUAACAUGAUAGUUUCUGCUGUGCUUAUUAAAUAUGCCAGUGUGUUUUAUUAUGGCACAUAGCUGAGAGAGCCUUGGAAGCAGAUUAGUAUUGAAAUAUUAUUUCUAUAAAGUGGCUGGGUUAUGCAUUUGGCUGAAUAUGUUGCUAUCCCUCCAGACUUUUGGGUGGAAUGUUCACAUAACGUGACCGAGUGCAAAAUCUUGACAAGCACAAGUAAAAUGAAUGAUUUGGUCAUCAUUGCACUGCAGAUUGUAGGAUCUUGCUGUGUACUAUCUACAUGGCACAAUUCACUUCAGAAGCUGUUUCAUGCAUUCCUAAAUGCCUUGGGCCAUCUCAAGCUUGUGGAAAGUUUUUCAGUUUUUUCACAUUACAGCUUACAGCAGAUUUGGUCAGAGGUUGCCAUAAACACAAGUCAGCCUUCCAAUACCAGACAACAAUGGCUUGUCACUGAGCAUAUGUGCAACAAGUCUUUUUUUUAAAAAAACAAGGCAAGUAAGGGAUAGUUGAUAUUGGGAAGGUUUUCAGCUGCUUUUGAUAGUGAGUGUAUGUAGGCCAGCCUAGAAGCACCUUGCCCAAAACUAAACCACUCUAAACAGCCAUUUUGUACAGAGGUCCUCAUUCCUGUAGUGUGGAGAUCAAUCUUUCAAACUAAUAUGUUUAUGAAUGGCUUUCUGGUUGCACGCUCAAAUAAGAGGAAUCACACGCAUUCAUUUCAGUGAAGAAAAGUAUAUUUUUAUGUUUUUGCUCAGAUAUAGACACGUCAAAAAUAUUAAUCCAAAAGAUUUCAAUAUUAUGAUAAACUGUCACAAAAUGUCAAUGAGUCACUGCUAAAUGUGUUGUAACCUUUAUGUUUAACAAUAUAUUCAAACAAGUUCAGCUUCACAGAUUAUUGAAGAUUGGUGCUCCAUCUAAGAACUACCAGAAUCUUGCUGACAAUGUUGCUUUUCUUUAUUUUUGCCUAGGGGAGGAUGAAGGUUGAUAUGUUUGGUGAGAUUGGGAAUGAUAGAGAGGAAGUUUGUAGUGCAUUUCUGAGUUCUGCGUGUUUUCAGAUUGGCAGCACGACUGAGAACUGGCUAAUUGGUGGGCACAGUGGCUUGUGGAUCGUGAGUGGGCAAAGUAGAUUUUGGUCAUGACACAUGGCCUCACCACACCAUUGGAAGUAGAAUCCCUUGAAAUCCCAGGAGCAAGAUAUAUAGAAUAAGGCCACAGGAGAUAAGCAAGGGAAAAGUCAGCAUAUUUGGGCUAUAGUAGCAGAAUAAUUUUCCAUUGAUUCAGAGACACAAGUUCAAAUCCCACCAUCGUAGCAGGGGAAUUCAAGUUCAGGUACAGUAAUGAAAUCUGGAAAAAAAAAACUAUACAUUGGCCUGGGUCUAUGUUAUAAUGUAUUCUAGAAAUGAGCAGAUUCUUAGAAAUUUCUACUGAUCUAAUGCACUUCUGUGUUUAAGCAAAGGAAAUCUGCCAUCCUUGUGACUCCAGACCGAUCAAAGUGGUUUAACUGCUCUCUCAGAGCCACUUGGCUCAGGGUCUAGGGAGGGAUCGGCAAUAAACAACAUUGGAAUUUUUACCACCUCACCUGGGUGGCAACAAAGUCACCUGGGCUUCCUCCAGUUAAACAAGUGGUGGGGAAGGGAGAGAAAGUGUCAGAGGUGUCUUUUUGGGACCUCCCCUCACCUCUUGCAUUGUGUGCAUAGUGUUAUAUUUUACAUAAAGCUAGACAGUAGCCUUUCUAAUUCCUCGACUGAUUUUUUCCCCUUUGCAAAAGAUACUAUCCCUUCUGAAUGAUUACUUAAAGUACAUGAAGGGUGGAGAGGGAAAGUGAUAGUUGCCCUCCAAUGCCUGUAACCCACUGUGCCCAUGGGGUGUAGCUAAUACUUUGUAAAUCUGUGAGGCUGAGGUACCCAUUGGGCCAAGCAGCAAAAAAGGUAUAUAUUUGAAGAGCUUUCACCAUACUGUAUAUUACAUAUUUUAAUCAAAGUCUAUAGUUUUAUUUGUAUAGCUCAGACAUUUAUUUUGCCUGAUAAUGGAGAAUUUAUGGAAAAAGCUUUAGUCAAGAAUGUAUAAUAUAUUAUACUUACGCUGUUUUUUCUUUGUGUAUGUAGUGUGGUAUCAAACACCAGCUAAACAAGUUCUGUGUAUUCUUUUGUGGGUGUGCCAUGUGUAAGUGUCUGGUUUCCAAUUAAGCAAUGUUGCAAAAAACAUGGACAAUCACCCCUUGUUUUCUCUUUUUGAAUUUAGCUCCAAGGAUACUUCCUGCCUUUUUCCCCAAACCUUUAUGUGAAGUUGUCUGGUGCAGAUGACAUGGGCCAUGAUCUUGUGCUGAACUCAAUCAAAAUGACCAUCCAGUGGAUGAAUAUUCAAAUCUCCAUUGGCUAUACUGCCUUCCCCAGUUGAUUAGUCUGCCAGUGUGAAUUGGAGCACCAGUUUCCCAUCAGAAUUUAUGAUGAAUUGGAUCCUUGAAGGAAGUUCAGGAGGAAGUUGGAUGGAGUGAGGGUGGUGGGGAUUAUUCAUGUGAGAUAGCAAGGUCUGAUCCUGAUUCAUCUAUCUUUAGAAAGUCCAAGUCAAUCAUCACCCCAAACCCCGUCUGCAUAUUAAUCAGUGCUACAACUUUAAAUUUCUGUUAAUUUUCAAAUCCUUCCAACAACUCACCCCUUCUCCAUCCCUUUAAUCUCCUCCUACCCAAUAACCCUACAGUCCAAGAGCAUGAUCCUUCCUACACAGACACUAACAUAGCUCCUGGACCUCUUUUAUAUUUGCCACCACAGUAAGAAGCCCUUUCCCCAACAUUGACAGCUACAUUUAGCACUAGAAAUACCUCCCAAAUUCACCCUUUAUGUUGUGAGUCCAUCCUCAAAAACAUAUGAGAUUUUGGUCAUCCGUCCUUUUGCACCUUGAUACCAGUUUUGGUUUGGUGAUUGCUCCUUUGAGAUAUUUCAUUGCAUUAAAGGUGCUGUAAAAAUGAAAGAUGUUGCUAUUCUUCAAUAGGAUUUUAUAUGGACCAAUUAAAAUAGCUCCUGAUUAUCAUGUUUUCCUUUCAAAAUUAAUUUAUUCAUGAAAAUGUGCAAUGUUGUGAGUGCUUUCUGGUUGGGAGAAGUAAAUCUUUGACCCUUUGAGCUGCCUCAUUCACUCUCCAUGGCCACAGGUUAAGUUAUACAGCACCAUUCAAUGUCCAGAUUUCAGUCAAGAACAGCAACUGAGCAAAACUCAAGAUUAACAUCCACAGGUGAAGAAAAUACUAAAAAUUGGAAACCAACAGGAGAAUAAUUCACAGAAGUUUACAGAAAAAAUCCAGUUUGAAAAUGUUGCUAGUGUAAUUGUGAAAGAAGCGGGUUAGGUUUUUGUGCUUAAGCAUGCAAAGCUGCUGUAGAACAGGGUAGGAGUGUGGUGAUUGCCACUGGAGAGUUCAGUAGAGCUCUUACUGUUUAUCAGCUGUAACAUUAACUUUAGGAUGAAAAGUAGGAUAGAAGACCUCUCUCAUAAUAAAUUGGAAUAACUUAGACCUUUGCUUUCUUUGUUAAACCUUUAACUACAGUCUGUCAUUUUUAUUUAAUAAAACAGAAAAUCCCACUUUGCUUAAGCUCUAACUGGACACAGCUUUUGUUGCUGGAAAAGUUCUAUUUCCCUCCCCUCUCUCCUCCCUCCACUUGAGGCACUCACCUUUACUGAACUGCCCAAUAUUGACAAUGCCAUGACUUGAUUUGACGGUGGAUGUAACCACAAUCAUAACUCUGCCUUCGGUUCCUUGAGCACACAAGCAAAUUUCUAGCAAGGGUUUUCAGUGAAUACGUGGGAAUGCUGAAUGAUAUCAAGGGGACUAAGGCAGUGUCAUGUCUGUAUUGCUGACCCUUUAUUUGGUUGAGCUCAGCCAGAUUAUGUACUUAGCCCUGCCUCAAUUGGAGGGCAUUAUAAAUGCGCUUCUCUUGCGGGCAAGUUUUGAUACCAACACCAGCACUUACUGUCAUGUUUUCACCUCUGUUCCUCUGGAUUACAAUACUAUGUAUGAAUAUGAGUGGUUGAAGCAGUUGAAAGAUUUUUUUGAUUUCUACCAGCUUUGGGGGGAAAAUGCAACAGCAGCGCCGCCUGCUGGAAGAUGUGAGAUGCUGUGGAAUUUGUUUAAAUGGUUCCCGUGCCAAGUCAGAGUUUAUGGGAUUCCUGUUCUGCAAUGUAUAACAGAAUUUAAUUUGUUAAUAAAACAGCAGUCGCUAGAACUUAUUUCUAAA